AUGAAUUUUAUCCGACGUCAAUGGCUUGCGUUGUUCUUUUCCUCCACAAUAUUAAUAGUCUUUGUAAAAGCGACGACCACACAAUCUACUCAAGGCUUAAUCAAUCUCUUGAAACGAAGACUACCUGCUCAUGUUGAUGACUUUGAAUUUCAAAUACAAGGUAAUCAUACGUUAGGAGUGACGCAUGACGAAUAUGUUGUAUCUCAAACUGUUGCUGGAAAGAUUUUGAUUGAAGGCAAUUCAAUAAGUGGUAUUGCUAGUGGGUUACGCAAAUACUUUACAGAUAUUUUGCAUGUAGAUAUCUGGUGGUAUAUUGGUUCCCAAUUACAUCUUGCUCCGGAAAGUUUUCCAACUUUGAAUUCAACCUUGAAAGGAUCAAGUAUUGUACCAUGGCGAUAUCAUUUCAAUACUGUCACAUUCUCAUACCAGGCCGCCUUUUGGACAUGGGAAGAUUGGGAACUUCAAUUAGAUUGGAUGUCCCUUCACGGUAUCAAUCUCUCUCUUGCUUGGGUAGGUUAUGAGAAAACAUUACUUACCACACUCCUUACUAUUGGCCUCACCACUGAUGAAAUACUUUCAUUCUUCUCCGGUCCUGCUUUUCAAGCUUGGAAUCGAUUUGGAAAUAUUCAGGGAUCUUGGGGUGGUACUAUUCCACUUGCUUGGAUUGAAGAUCAACAUCUUCUUCAGAAGAAUAUCGUACGAAGAAUGGUAGAAUUAGGUAUUACACCUGCUUUACCUGCUUUCACUGGUUUCGCGCCAAGAGAAUUGAGAAGGGUAGCACCUGAUGCAAAUAUCAUUAAUGGAAGUGAUUGGGGAAAUCUUUUCCCAGUCGAAUAUUCAAAUGAUACAUUUCUUUACCCAACCGAUCCUCUUUUUACGACUCUACAACAUACAUUUCUCAAUCUUCAAUCCGAAUAUUAUGGAAACAUUUCUCAUGUCUAUACACUCGACCAAUUCAACGAAAAUACCCCUGCAUCUGGAGAUCUCAUAUAUCUAGGCAACAUAUCACGUGGAACAUACGAAUCUCUCCAAUCUUUCGAUCCAAAUGCUAUUUGGAUGUUACAAGGGUGGCUUUUCUACGCUGAUUCAUCAUUUUGGACACGGGAUCGAGUCGAAGCUUAUCUUGGUGGGGUUUCGAAGAAUGAGAGCAUGUUAAUACUCGAUCUCUUUUCUGAAUCAUUUCCGGAGUGGGAAAAUACAAAUCAGUAUUAUGGAAAACCAUGGAUUUGGUGUCAAGUACGUGGUUACGGCGGUACUGUUGGUGUAUAUGGUCAGAUAUAUAACAUCACAAAUUCCUCGAUUGAAGCAUUGCGGAAAUCGGAUAAGAUGGUUGGAAUGGGAAAUACGAUGGAGGGACAAGAUGGUAAUGGAUUGAUGUAUGAAUUAAUUUUGGACCAAGCUUGGAAUCUUAACUCUAUCGACACUGAGAGUUACUUUAAAACUUGGGUAGCAAAACGAUAUCACACCGCUGGAUACAAGGAACUACCAUCGGAAGCAUACUCAGCAUGGGAAAUUCUCCGCACAACGGCUUACAACAACACAAAUCUGACUCUUGCAGAUAGUCUUCCAAAAUCCUUGUUGGAGACGCAACCUAACAUUAGCGAAAACCAUGGAAGAUUGGGCCAGUCCUUGACAAUCGAUCUGUAUAACCCUGCUGAUUUAUUUCGGGCAUGGAGACUAUUGUGUACUGCAUCGGUAUUAGUUCCAGAACUCUGGGAUGAUGAUGGAUGGCAAUUUGAUAUGGUGGAUAUCACGAGAGAAGUUCUUGCAGAGAGGUUUAAAUUGGAAUAUGUGAAUUUGAUUCAGAGAUAUAGAGCAGGGAUUGGUUUUGAAGGGACGACCAAGACCCUGAUUGGGAUUCUACAGAGCCUGGAUAGUGUUCUAUCUACUUCUCCUCAUUUCAGGUUGGAUACUUGGGUGAAUGCCGCGAUUGCUUCUUCACCGGACACUUCUACAUAUUCCUCUCUUCGAUCAUCUCAUAAUUCUUCGAUAUCAAAUCUUACCCAAACGCAACACUUCUUCGCCUACAAUGCUAUCAAUCAAAUAACCAUCUGGGGACCAGCAGGAGUAAUUAAUGAUUAUGCAUCUAAGAGUUGGGGAGGUCUUGUACGUGGAUAUUAUCUGAAGAGAUGGAAGAUGUUUUUCGACUACAUUGGGAAAGUUGGGUUUGAGGAAUUCAAUGCGACAGAAGUGGCAAGGGAAUUGGGGGAUUUUGAGUUGGGCUGGCAAUGGAAUGGUUGGGUUGGUGAUUUAGAAAAGGGCAAUGGAGAUGGUGAUGUAGAGAAUGAUGGAACGGAUUUGAGAGACUUGAUUGAGAAUUUGAUCAAAGAAGGUAAUGGCAAGAGUAACUUCAACUAA